UUGUACUGCAAGUAUUUUUUUUCCUUUUCUAUUUUACUACUACAUAAAUCCUUAUAUGGCCAUAUCAGCCAAGUAGAACUGAUUGAUCAAACGUACUGUCAGUACACAUUUCCACGAUCUCUAUCAAAGUAACAGCAUGGAUAACAAAGCCUUUGAUGGAUCAGAUAUUCAAAAUGGAAAAGCAGUUUCGAAUGCUUGGGAAGUUAACAACAAAGAAAGUGAAACUAAAAGUGAAGCCAAAAGUGAAACCAAAAAUGUUGGCAAGGUGUCGUUUUUUAAGUUGUUCCGCUAUGCUUCAGGCCUAGAGAUCUUCUUCAUGAUAAUUGGCGGGAUUGCUGCAGCAGUCCACGGAGUUGCAAUACCUCUUUUGAUUAUUGUGUUUAGUGAAAUGUUAGAUUCAAUGUCUGAAACUAGUGCAAAUAUAACCAGAACAUGUGCAGCAGUUGGAUCUAUACCAGAUAGUAUACUCCUCGACAAGAUGGCCACGUAUUCGUUAUAUUAUGUUGGACUGGCAGGUAUAGUGUUUAUAGCAGCCUACACUCAUGUUACAUUAUGGAAGGUUUCUACAGAGAAACAAAUAUUUUACAUGCGGAAAAAACUGAUGAUGAAUAUUUUGCGGCAAAAUCUAUCGUGGUUUGAUGAACAUACACCUGGAAAGUUAAGCAGUUACCUGUCGGAUGCGUUGCUCAAGAUUUCUACCGGACUUGGAAAUAAUAUAGGCACGUUGCUUCAAACACUUUCUGGAACUGUUGCUGCUCUCGUGAUUGCAUUCGUAUAUCAAUGGAAGUUGUCACUUGUUAUGUUUUCCCUCACUCCUGUACUCGGCUUGUCAACUUACAUCAUGACCAGAGUUACGAAAGAUAUGACAGAAAAAGAACUGAAUGCAUAUGCAGAAGCAGGUAACGUAGCUGAAGAGGCUAUUAGUUCUAUCAGAACGGUUGUCGCCUUCGGUGGCGAAGGGAAAGAAUGUUCGCGAUAUGAAAAACUGCUAGGUGUGGCGAAGAAAGCAAGUGUCAAAAAAGGCUUUGCUACAGGUGUAGCAACUGGUUUCUUUUGGUUCUCCAUCUUUGGUUACUAUGCUUUAGGAUUUUGGUAUGCUGCUAAGAUCAUUCGUGAAGAUAACUACAGAGUUGCGGAUGUGCUCAUUGCUUUCUUCUCCGUUGUUACUGGAGGUCUCAGUCUUGGCCAAGCAGGUCCUGCCAUUCAAAGUAUUUCAGAAGCUCAAUCAGCAGCUUUCGAGGUUUUCAAUGUUUUGGAUACGGAACCUUCUAUUGAUAAUUUAUCAAAACGUGGUUCAUCAGCGGAAAACAUCAACGGUAAUAUUAUCUUCAAAGAGGUUUACUUCAAUUAUCCUUCACGACCUGAUGUUCCCGUUCUCUCCGGUUUGAAUUUUGUUGCCGAACCAGGUAAAACUGUUGCUUUGGUUGGAACCAGUGGCUGUGGGAAAAGUACUGUAAUACAAUUAAUUCAACGUCUUUAUGAUAUACAUAGUGGAGAGGUCUUGAUAGGCGGCAAAAGAAUAAGCGAAUACAACGUGGGAUCCCUGCGUAAGAUAAUAGGUGUUGUAAACCAGGAACCUGUUUUGUUUGGAAAUUCUAUAAAAGAGAAUAUUCGCGAUGGUGAUGAGAAAGCAACAGAUGCUGAUAUAAUUGCAGCUGCAAAAGAAGCUAACGCACAUGACUUCAUUAUGCAACUUCCAGGGAAAUACAAUACACUAGUUGGCGAAAGAGGAACUCAACUGAGCGGAGGCCAGAAACAAAGAAUCGCUAUUGCACGUGCUUUAGUUAGAAAACCACUGUUUUUGUUGCUUGAUGAAGCAACUUCAGCCCUAGACACCGAAAGUGAAAGGAUUGUGCAGAGUGCACUUGACAAGGUCCAGAGUGGUCGCACUACAUUAGUUGUUGCUCACAGAUUAUCAACAAUUCGAUCAGCAGAUAUGAUUUUAGCUUUCAAAGGUGGAGUAAUUGUUGAGAGAGGAACCCAUGAAGAAUUAAUGAAACAAGACGGACUUUAUGCUUCACUUGUUAUGGCACAGAGACUAAAAACAGAAGGAACAGAAGAAUCAGAAGGAAACACAACUGAUGAUGAAGUAUCAUCAUCCCAACGACAGAGAUUAAAAUCAAUAAGUUCUGUACAUGACGGAGAGACACAUGACGAGGCAUCAGCAGUUGAAGAGGAAAAAGAUCUCCCUGAAGCGAGUGCAAUUCGAAUUUUUAAAAUGAACUCACCAGAAUGGCCUUAUAUCCUCAUGGGGUUGCUUGCUUCUGCAGUAAAUGGUGCUGUUAUACCUGCAUUUUCAGUAAUUUUUAGUGAAUUCAUAGGCGCUUUUCAAGGUGAUGGUUCUGCAGUUAAUAGGUUUGCUCUCCUUAUUCUUAUGCUUGCUGCAUUUAUAUUUGUUGGUUAUUCAGUUCAAUAUUUGAUGUUUGGAAUAAGUGGUGAAAAGCUAACCUUGAAAUUGCGAGCUGGAUUGUUCAAGGCCAUAUUACGUCAGGAAAUAUCCUGGUUUGAUAAAGAAAUCAACAAUACUGGAGUUCUGUGUUCACGUUUAGCAGUUGAUUCCGCUCGAGUGAAAGGGGCCACUGGAGUAAAAAUAGGACUUUUCAUACAGAGCCUUACAAACAUUGGAUCUGGAAUUGUGAUUGCCUUUGUAUAUGGCUGGCAAUUAGCACUUCUUAUUAUUGGUUUCUUACCCAUUCUUGCUUUCUCAGCUGUACUUGAAACUAAAUUGCUGACAAAUACACUCAGUCAAGGCGCUUCUGCACUUGAGGAGGCAACUAAUCUAUCAAUGGAAGCAUUUCAGAAUAUCAAAACUGUAUUGUCAUUGUCUAUUGAAAUGAAGAUAUAUGAGAAAUUUCAUGAGAAAAUACUUCUUCCCUAUAAGAAUAAUAUAAAAGGAGCAUUUAAAGUUGGAAUAGCUUUUUCCUUCUCACAGUCAGUUGUGUUUUUGUGUUAUGCUGCUGUUUUCUAUGUUGGAGCUUUAUUAAUUACGAAAUGUGAAAUGGACUUUGUGGAUCUAUUGAAAGUAUUUGGAGCCAUUGUCUUUGGGGCCUUUGCACUUGGACAGGUUGGUGCCGUGGCACCAGAUUUUGCUAAGGUCAAAACUUCAUCAGCUAGAAUAAUGGAUCUACUUGAUCGUGUUCCUGCAAUUGAUAGCUAUUCACAAACUGGAAAGAUAUGCGAAACAUUUGAAAGUAAAAUUCAGUUUAAAGACGUUGAGUUUGAGUAUCCAAACCGUGCAAAUGUAAAAGUUCUCCAGGGUUUGAGCUUAGAAAUCAACCAAGGGGAAACAGUGGCUCUUGUUGGAAAGAGUGGCUGUGGCAAAAGUACAUGUAUGCAGUUAAUUGAAAAGUUUUACAAUCCAAGUAAAGGUGAAGUGUUUCUAGACAGCAUAAAUCUAAAGGAACUGAAUACUUCAUGGCUUCGUCGACAAAUUGCCAUUGUCUCUCAAGAACCAGUUCUAUUUUCCUGCUCAAUUGAAGAAAAUAUUGCUUAUGGAGAUUUGACACGAGCUGUGACAUUUGAUGAAAUUAUCAAUGCUGCUCAACAAGCAAACAUUCACUCAUUUAUACAGUCUCUACCUGAGGGUUAUUCAACUAAAGCUGGAGGGAAAGGGUCGCAGCUAAGCGGUGGACAGAAACAACGAAUUGCCAUUGCUCGUGCACUGAUAAGAAAUCCCAAAAUACUGCUUCUGGAUGAAGCAACAUCAGCUCUUGAUACUGAAAGUGAAAAGGUUGUUCAAGAAGCUCUCGAUAAAGCAAGAAGUGGUCGUACCUGUUUAGUUGUUGCCCACAGGCUCUCAACGAUUAAGGAUUCUGACAGAAUUGCUGUAGUAGUUAAUGGUAAAGUGCAUGAAAUUGGAACACAUACUGAACUAGACAAAAAGAAAGAUGUUUACUUUGAUCUCUUAAACAAUCAAAAUCUCUAAUAAAAUUUUAUUUGAUGGCACAUUUUAUAAAACAUUUUAUAAAUCAUUUGAUGCCACAUUUUAUAAAACAUAAAAUCACGAUAUUAGAAACAUGAACAAUUUCAUCAUUUUAAUCUUUUUUCCUCUUCUUAUAAAUAUUUACUGUACUGCUUUUUUCUACAUUUAAUACAGUAGUCACACUUAUUUUAUA